AAUGUUCUUCUCCUUCACGGCCCCCACCCCCUUUCUCGUCACUUAUUUUCACCCUUUUUGCGUUCAUGCCUCCCCAGAUUUCAUUCUCACCAGCUCUCAACACCUCCUCUCUCUCUCUCUCUCUCUCUCUCUCUCUCCCACCACCUCUCCUCACACACACACUCUUCCUCACAUCCCUGCCUCUCUUCCCAUCACAUCGCCGGCUUCAUCGCAUCUCAUCGUCUGUCUCUCUCUGCCACGCACACACGCUUGCAGUCAUUCUCUGACUCUCACACGUGCCAGCCGGCUCUACCUCUGCGUGUCCUGCAGUCCGGCUGUAGUUCUUCUCCUCUCUGGAGCUUGAAGGAGGGCAGAGAGGCCAUGGAGCACAGCCACAUCUUCACCGUACUGUCCACCAACUCCAGUUCUUGGAGUCCUCGCGGUUGCCCUCUCGGACAGUUUCCCGUCAUUUACUACAGUUCCUUGCUGUGCCUCGGCCUGCCUGCAAACAUCCUCACAGUGAUCAUCCUUUCUCAGCUGGUGCUGCGGCGACAGAAAUCUUCCUAUAACUACCUACUGGCCCUGGCGGUAGCCGACAUCCUGGUCCUGCUGUUGAUCGUAUUUGUGGACUUCCUUUUGGAGGACUUCAUUCUCGGAGCACCUCUGCCCCACUCGCUCAAUAAAGCUGUGCAGGUUCUGGAGUUUUCCUCCAUCCACACUUCCAUCUGGAUCACGGUGCCCCUGACCGUAGAUCGCUACAUCGCCGUGUGCCAUCCGCUGCGCUACCACACCGUAUCCUACCCAGCCCGAACUCGCAAAGUGAUCUUGGCGGUGUAUGUUGGCUGCCUGAUCUCCAGCGUCCCGUAUUACUGGUGGCCGGAGCUGUGGCACGGGAUGCCGGGAGCGAGCAACGGCGGCCGCAGCAGCAGCGCAGGACAGCACGUAUUGGUAUGGGUCCACUGCGCCACCGUUUAUCUGCUCCCCUGCUCGGUUUUUUUCUCGCUCAAUGCCAUCAUCGUACGCAAGCUCCGCUGCCGCCGUAGCUGCUUCCGUCUUCGAGGGUACUCAACUGGAAAGACCACGGCCAUCCUGCUGGCAAUCACCUCAGUGUUUGCCGUGCUGUGGGCGCCGCGUACGCUUAUGAUCCUUUACCACCUUUACACAGCACAGCCGGCGAUGCCUGGCCCCGCCAGAUUGCUGCACUUAGUCACGGAUGUGGCGAACAUGCUCGCGCUGCUCAACACCGGCGUCAACUUCUUCCUCUACUGCUUCAUCAGCAAGCGCUUUCGCAGGAUGGCCGGCACGGUGCUAAAGGCCUUAUUCCGAUGCAGAAAGCAACCACCGCCUUUUUACGCCAGUCACAACUUCUCCAUCACCAGCAGCCCGUGGAUCUCACCAGCCAACUCCCACUGCAUCAAGAUGCUGGUGUACCAGUACGACAAGAAUGGCAAACCAGUCUGCAUAUCCUCCUGAUCGCCAACUCGAGUGAUGCCGUACCAAUAUAACACUGGCUACUGAGCCAGGCGAGCUUGGGAAAAGUACUUCCCGACUAGUGACGAUCAGAAGGUGGUGAUCGGUUUGUUAGGAAGUGCCUCUAUAAGAGAUGCAGUGUCAGGUUCAGAGACAUCUUGCUGCCAAAAUGUGGUUCUUUCUCUGGUAAAAAACAAGCAGGAGUGGUCAUUAAGCGAUAACAUGCCAAUGCCUUUCAGGAUAUUAAUGCAAAAAAAGACUUGAUCCCAAAGUCAAGAGAAAUCAUGAAAGGCUUGCUUGAGUUCUAGGCGACGACUGUCCAAUUAGAACAAUAUGUGUAUUGAUGUGAUUAAAAGAGUUUGUCUCUAGUAGGGAUGGGCGAUAUAGCGAAAAUCAAAUUUUGAUGACAUUCAAUAUAUAUCUUAAUAUAUUUUCAUUUGCAUUCCAAGAAUUUAAAAAGGCCAUUUUCUGCCGCCCAAGAAAAAGACAUUAUCUGGAUAGAACAGCUAAUAUUAAAAAUUGCUUGCUGCAAAAUCAAUACUAGUUUAUUUAUUUACUAAUCUUUUUUAUACAAAUCUCUUAUUUACAUUGUGUUUACACAUUGUUAGUUAUUAUGAAAGGAUUUGCGAGCAUGUAAGUGAGGGCGCUGAAUGAAAACUCAAGCUUUUUGAGAGGUAUUAAGUAGAUUCUGACUAAAACACCUCUGAUUGGUCAAUGAGUUCAGCACUCAACAGACAUCUGUGAUUGGCUACAUAGCUCUCAAUGCUGUUAAACGUGUUGCAAAUAGAAACCUUUUUGAAUUGAAUUGGCAUACUGUCUAUAUAUUGCCAAUAUUUGAUGUAUCACCCAAGGCUAGCCCUAGCUAGCACAGUUUUCAGUUGAUUGCACACCAAAGCAACAUUUCACAUGGAAAAAAAGGAUUCAAAGCUGGAGCCAACCAGAUGUUUUUGUUUGUGAACCACCUUUCCCCUCUCACCUUCUCAGCAAAGAGACAGAGCACUCCCUCCCUUUGUGACAUUAAAAAACAACGCUGGCAUUUUCCUUUAAUAUGCUGUUGGUCUCCAAGGGCCGGUCGCAAACAGCACAAGCUCUUAUUAAAGAAUCAAGCCUUUAGAUAUGUGCUGGAAAACCGCUUCAGUAUUGCUGCCUGAUGAAGAUGAAACGCAAAGACUUGUGCUUCAACAAAAAAGCUUCUGGUGCAAUUGACUGUUAAAUGUACAAUUAAGGCAAAAAAUACCUUUAGAGAGGAAUUAUUCUUUAUCGUUUAAAUCAAUAUUCUAAGACACUCAUUGCUCAGUACAUGAAAGGAUUUUCUAUCACAGUGGCAAACACUAAAUAAUUAAGACUUUGUAACUUCUACCACACACGUACACGGACUCAUUUAUCCUUUGCUGGGCAGCCUCAAGAAAAAAAGAAAGCGAAAAAGAGAACACUUUUCAAAUAAAAUCAAUUGCUUUCUCCAGAGUGAGCUAUUGGGGAAAACCACAUUCAUUUAUCUUCACAGCGGCGUGGAGUAACAGGCUGCCAUCUGGAGUGCUUAAACUGUGGUGCAUAUAUAUUUAAACAAUACAGCGGGGAACAUUUUCGUAGAUAAGGUGAACUUAAAAAUGUAUGAUCUCUGUCGUAGACAAGGCUGUCUUAUUACAGCAGGGCAAAUAAGUGAAGGUGGUUCUGCUGAAAGCUGUGAUGGUGGUAAAAAAAAUGGCUUCUUACAUAACUGAAAAUGGUCACUUUCCAUUACAGUGUCCAUGUUAAAGAUUGAGGCUUUUAGUCUAAUAUGGCUUUCAGUCCAUGUCUGUUAGCUAGCUUUGUGGACUAGUUUGAGGUAUGCUCUUGUACUCCUAAAAGUUGGCUACAGUUUUUCAAUUUCAGGAAAAUGGACCAAAAAUACAAAGUUAUCUUGUUUGCCAGGUCAUAUAGAACUUUAGUCCUAUUAAAUACACUUCCAUCCAAAUAAGUGUUUUUGAAUUAAUCUUUUAAGUGAACAAUUUGAAUGAAUCAUUUAAGCAAAUGAAUCAGUGCUUUUGAAUGAAUCUUUUAGGUGAACGAUCCAUUCUGGUUCGCUUCCAUACGCGUAUUUACGAUAUGACUCAUAUUUUUCGUGAACUUAAGUAUCGUUCUUUUGAAGCGUGUGACUGUUUUUCUGUCUUUAUAGACUGUCUAUAGCACGUGUACAUUAUGUGUAAUUUCGUUAACUGAACCUACUGAACGAACAUCCUGAACGAAUCAGUGUUUUGAAUCCAUGUAAGACUCAAAGUGGCACUGAAAGGAUUAGUUCACUUUCAAAUGAAAAUUAGCCCAAGCUUUACUCACCCUCAAGCUAUCCUAGGUGUAUAUGACUUUCUUCUUUCUGAUGAACACAAUCGGAGAAAUAUUAAUAAAUAUCCUGACGCAUUCGAGCUUUAUAACGGCAGUGAACGGCACCAACAGGUAUGAGCUGAAAAAAAUGCUUCCAUCCAUAUCCAUCCAUCAAAAUAUCUAGCUUCCGCCAGACCACCUUCCAUAUUCAACAUACGAAGAAAGUGUAAAACUCUUGCAGUUCAAAAAGCUUACGCUGCCAUCCUAUGCGAUGCCAGUUUACACUUUCUUCGUACAUUGAAUACGGAAGGUGGUCUGGCGAAAGCUAGAUAUUUUACUUCAUAACUUGUUAAUUUUUUUUUUUUUUACACAAACAUUGCUUCACUUCAGAAGGCCUUUAUUAACCCCCUGGAGCCAUGUGGAGUACACAUUUAUGAUGGAUGGAUGUGGAUAGAAGUACUUUCUUCAGCUCAUACUCGUUGGUCCCGUUCACUGCCAUUAUAAAGCUCGGAUGCGUCAGGAUAUUUAUUAAUAUUUCUCCGAUUGCGUUCAUGAGAAAGAAUAAAGUCAUAUACACCUAGGAUGGCUUGAGGAUGAGUAAAGCUUGGGCUAAUUUUCAUUUGAAAGUGAACUAAUCCUUGAACGAACAUGUUUAGCGAAUGAACUGAUCAAAUGGAUCCGAAUGAACUAGGGGGAUCUGGUCACAUUGAUUUUGCCAAGACAUGUUCAUGGAUCAACAUCAUUUCUUGAACCUGGAACAACAUUCCUGUCUGAAAGUUUAGUCCAAACCAUAUCCCUACCCCUAAACCUAACCUUAUCCAUAACUUGUCUCUGAAAUCAGAGGGAAUGAU